CAUCUCGACUUUGCAACGUUGUCUCCAUCUUGCAGCUCAGAAUUGCGCCUUUCAAGCAUGGAGAGCGCUGUAAGAGGGCUGCAGCGGCUACCAGACUUCCUCUCCUCAGCAACGCGGACUCGCUACCUUGGAUCCAACUCUUCCAGCAGUGACGCAGAUUCGCAUUUGCAAAGAUACCCUUGCAGAAAGCGAGCGUCCAAAUGUGAAGUCUCUCCUCUUAGUAAUCAAACAUUAAAACCAUGUAAACGACGAUCAAAACGUGGAUCAAACAAAGCAGUUGGUGACGCAGCUCUGCACAGUAUUUUCGGGCGGCCAAUGCAGAGAUCUGCCUGGCCUGGGAAAGACCGGCCCCGAGCGAUGGGCCGCAAUGGGGUCACGGAAAAAGAACAAGACAUUGAGCUCGCCGUGAGAGAUACGGCUCCAAGCAGAUCCAAUCCAACUGUGACUGAAGCAGAGAAUGACGCAUCCACCUCGGAAAUUGAUCAGCUGAUUGAGAGCAGCGACGGGAAGAGCGAAAAAGCUGAAGGGAGAAGUGUGUCUGCGAGGCUGUGGUCAAAUGUGAAUGGAGGGACGCUGAGGCAUGAGCCUGGGAGCCUGGUGGGGGCAAUACUUCUGGUGGCGGGGACGACGGUGGGAGCAGGCAUCUUGGCCAUUCCUGCAGUUACGCAGGAUGCGGGUUUCCUUGCAUCCGCUUUUGCUUGUGUUGGGUGCUGGGCAUACAUGGCGACAACAGGGAUCCUUGUAGCAGAGGUAAACAUCAACACGAUGUGUGAACUAGGAUCCGGAGGCGUCUCCCUCGUUUCGAUGGCGGAAAGAACGCUCGGGAAGGCCGGGGUGCGGGUUGCAGUAGGUACCUACAUAUUCAUCCACUACGCUCUGUUGGUGGCUUACGUGGCGCGGUCGGGUGACAUCAUCACGAACUUUACCGGCCUGCCGCUCCCCGUCUCGGCAGCCGCCUUCACCGCCGCAUUCGGCGCCAUCACUUACUUCUCUAGCCAAAAAACGCUCGGAUACGUGAACGGCUUUCUUAUCGCCGCCAUUCUCGCGAGCUUCGCCACUUUGGUUGGGAUCGCGGCUCCUGAGGUAGAACCAGCAUCACUCCUCAAGGCCAAUUGGUCCGCCGUCCCCGCAAGCAUCCCCAUCGUCGCCCUUUCCUUCGUCUACCAAAACGUCGUCCCAGUCAUCUCCUCGGAACUCGAAGGCGACCUCCCCAAAAUCAGGACCGCAAUCAUGUACGGGACCGCCAUCCCCCUCACCAUGUUUCUCUUAUGGGACGCCGUCAUUCUGGGGAGCGUUCCCGCUGCGGUCCCGGGGGCCGCCCAGAGCAUGGCGGCAAUGGACCCCCUGCUGCGGCUGCGCGAGUCGAGCGGAGCGGUCGGGCCCGCCGUCGAGAUCUUUUCGUUCUUCGCGAUCGGCACGUCCUUCAUCGGCUUCGUGCUCGGACUGUCCGACUUCCUUGCGGACCUGCUCAAGCUGCCGUCCGGACAAGAAAAACGGCGUCCGCUCCCAUACCUUUUAACGCUUAUACCGCCAUACGCGCUCGCGCUGACGAACCCGGAGAUCUUCUAUAAGGCGCUCGACUUUGCGGGCGCUUAUGGUGUUUUGGUGCUGUUUGGUCUCUUCCCGGGCGCCAUGGCAUGGGCGGAACGAUACACUGACGCAUGCAUGACGCCGGCUGUGAAACCCAUCAUCCCAGGGGGAAAGGUGACGCUGUCGCUCAUAAUGGGCGCUGCCGGGAUCGUCAUCGCCGGGGAGUUUGUCAAGGACGUUGCCGGGUUCUUGCAGGUGCACUGAUUUGUAGGCCGGAUUUGUAUGAUAACUGCGCGCGUUUAACAGCCGUUGCUUCUGUCCCUAUCUUUGGUGAGAAAGCGUCGUUGAAUAACAUGUGCUCAGCAAGCAGAAGCUCUCACUGUACUGAGCGUUGAGUUUGCGUCCGACGGUUUAGGGUACGUCAUGAUCCAUCACGGCGCGGAAGCGGCGCAUAUACGUACAUCACACCAGCAGCAUGUGUUUCUGCCGUCAAAUUGGAUGAGAUCGAUCCGCAUGCCUCAAU